AUAUCUUCUCACGAAUCUUUCCAGUCCGAAGGGGUCAUGAGACAAACUCAUACAAAUACAAGUACUACAAACAUUUGUGCCGUUAUUAAUUGCACUAGCUAAUGAAAUUUCCAUAAAGCUGUCAACAUGACGUAGUACUGAGCAUCCGAUAAAUAACCGUAAAAUUUCGCCAAUUUGGAUCGACACCAAAUAAUAAAAAUACAAAUUCUCCCGAAUGAAACUGUGAUAGUGGCAAUAAAAUAUACUUGAGACUGCAAUUGCAAAUAACAACAGCAACAAAAUGCAGUCGGAGCGAAAACAGCAAAUUGCACUUAUUGCCGCCAUAUCCCUGAUAUUUAUGCUCAAUUUGUUGCUGACGACAGCUGCGGCCAAAGAGAAUAUUCCAACUACGAGCAUAUACGCAAAUGAGGAUUUGCGAGAUGAACAUAAAACAAAUGAACGUCAUAGCCAACAAAAUCGGAAACAUCAACACCAUCAACAGCAGCGACGACAGCAGCAACAUCAUCGCCGACAUGAGCUGCACGAACGCGAAAAGCGUGAAGGGGACCAGGUAGAGCAGACAUAUGACGGCCCAGACAGAGCGAACCAACAUCGUACACAUCAACAUCAGCACCAACAGCAUGCGCAACAUCAUCAUCAAAAGCAGCAGCACUCUCGUCAAUAUCGCCAGCAUCGUGGUCACACACAAAAUCCUGCGGUAGGUGGCUACGCUGCAAGUUACCUCAGCGGUAGUUAUCCUGCAUCGUUCUCAUCCGAUGCUUCGUCGGCAGCGUACUCCAAACGCUACUCACGUGAUUCACGUGACUCGUCGGCAUUUCCGGCACGUGAACGUAAGCCAAACAUUAUUCUAAUACUCACCGAUGACCAGGACGUCGAGUUGGGUUCAUUGAAUUUUAUGCCGCGUACACUGCGUUGGCUACGAGAUGGCGGUACUGAAUUCCGUCACGCCUACACCACCACGCCAAUGUGCUGUCCGGCGCGUUCAUCACUGCUAACCGGCAUGUACGUGCACAAUCACAUGGUCUUCACCAAUAACGACAAUUGCUCGAGCCCACAAUGGCAGGCCACGCACGAAACUCGCUCCUUUGCCACAUAUCUCUCAAAUGCCGGCUAUCGCACAGGGUAUUUUGGCAAGUACCUGAACAAAUACAAUGGAUCGUACAUACCACCAGGCUGGCGGGAAUGGGGUGGCCUCAUUAUGAACUCAAAAUAUUAUAAUUACAGCAUCAAUAUGAACGGACAGAAGAUCAAGCAUGGUUUUGAGUACGCAAAGGACUAUUAUCCAGAUUUGAUAGCGAAUGACUCAAUCGCAUUUUUACGUUCAUCGAAACAACAAAACCAAAGAAAACCUGUGAUGUUGACAAUGAGCUUUCCGGCGCCGCAUGGGCCCGAGGACUCAGCACCACAAUAUAGCCAUCUCUUCUUCAAUGUAACGACACAUCACACACCAUCUUAUGACCACGCGCCCAAUCCGGACAAACAGUGGAUACUACGCGUUACUCAACCAAUGGAACCAGUUCAUAAACGUUUCACGAAUCUAUUGAUGACGAAGCGACUACAAACUUUACAGAGUGUAGAUGUUGCUGUUGAACGUGUCUGCAAUGAGCUCAAAGCCUUAGGUGAACUUGAUAAUACAUACAUUAUCUAUACGUCCGAUCAUGGUUAUCACUUGGGUCAGUUCGGUUUGAUAAAGGGUAAAAGCUUCCCAUUUGAGUUUGACGUGCGUGUACCUUUCCUUAUACGUGGGCCAGGUAUACAGCCAGCAAGAGUUGUGGACGAAAUCGUCUUGAAUGUGGAUUUAGCGCCCACUUUUCUAGAUAUCGGUGGCGUCUCAACGCCUCAGCAUAUGGAUGGACGCAGCAUUUUACCACUGCUUUUCAGCAGACAGCGUAAUGUACGCGAACAGUGGCCAGAUACAUUUUUAAUCGAGAGCUCCGGCCGGCGUGAGACACCCGAACAAAUUGCGGAAUCUCGUUUACGACUACAAGCCGACCGCCAGAAUAUGAGGCUAGCGAAUAGCACAUUUAUAAACGAGUCGCCGUUCAACGAGAGUACAACAGCAAGAUCGUUAAUAGAUCUGAUCGAUUUGGAUUCACAUGAAGAGACCGAAUUCGAAGAGGACGUGGGUUCAGAAGCGGAAAUAGAAGGGAGAGUGGGCACGGAAAUAGAAGAUGAUGCUGAAGAUGACUUAGACACAGAUACUGAAGAUGACGUUUCUUCAGGUGUCGUAGAUGAAGAUAUAGAAGAAGAUGUAGAAGAGGAAACAGCACAGGAAGAAGGUUUAGAGCAGGAACAACAAGAUCAAUUCGACAAUAAUCUACCAAUGAUGGCGCCAUAUAUGACGAAAAUGAUGCGUUUGAACUCUGAAUGCUCUGAUCCGGCCUUGCUGGAAAAUUGUCGCCCAGGGCAGAAGUGGAAAUGUGUGAACGAGGAUGGUCGGUGGCGGAAACACAAGUGCAAAUUUCAUUUGCAGCUUCAGCAUCAUCUCGAGGAGAUAUCUAAGUUUUCCAAGAAGGACACUAAACGUAAUUGUGCUUGCUUUACGCCAGAGGGUGUUGUUUAUACGAAAAUCAAAACGAACCGGAAUUACUUCGAAGGCGAUCGUAUACGAAAAAGAACUCAAAAUCAGUCAAGAUUUUCACGCCGUAAUAAACGCUCAUUAGAUGAACACUCUGAUUCCAAUGAAGUCUUCCACACCGAGCUGCCAUACGAGAUGGAAGAACUGCUCGAUCUUCAAGACACACUUUCCACCUUAGAAGCACAUUUGACGAAACCAAAGCGUAUCAAACGCGAGUUAAUGUCCAGCUUCUUCGAAACACCUUCUUCUUCCACUGACAACGUAAAUGGCGGUGAAGGCGGAAAAGCGGGCCACAACUCAACGAACGAUGCAAUCUCCAAAGUUAUACAGGAAAUACAAAAUACGCUCGAAACACUCGAAUUGAAAUUUAUCGCGCCAAAUGACGCGCAUCAACCUAAUUCCACAACUACCUUGUCGGCAUCUGGCUUCGUACGCAGUGGUAAGUUUCCCAAGGUGGGUGGUCGUGUGGGCACACGUUGUUACAUUGAGUCGCAAACGGGCAAGGUCAACUGCUCCGAUGUUAUUUACGAUGAUGAAAAGACAUGGCGCAAGUCACGCAAUCAAAUUGAUAUGCUAAUCAAAGUGCUCAAGGACAAAAUAACACAUUUAAAGGAUAUUAAGAAGCAGAUGCGCGAGAACAAACAACAACAACAGGGCCAGCAGCAACAGCAACAAUUGCAUUACAAUUCAGGAAGGUAUUGGGAUAGAGACUAUGUGCCACGCACAAGUGGUAGUGGUGUGAACAGACAUCGCGUGGAAGAGCAAGAGCACGGCGAGGAGUUGCCUUACAAUAUGUCGGAUUACUUGGGGCGAAGGCAGAAAGCACGUCGCCGCAAUGGUGGCGGCGGUGCUGGUGCCAACAGUAAUAAUAAUUUCUAUCAACGUGGCGGUUUCAAUCAUCAAAACUACAAUCACCGCACAUACCAGCGACAACAUUUGCCUGUCGGCAGUGGUCGACGGCGCUACGAUAAACCGUUAGAAGGGCGCGAAUUUGAUAUGAAUUAUUUUACGCAAGAACAAAUUGGUGUUGCAAAUACAUACAGCAAUGAUAUUAACAAUGAUAAUGGCAGUGGAGCCGGCACGAAUGGUUAUAGUGGUAAGAGUCCUUUUGGCAAAAGUCGCUUUCAGGGCCGCAAUAGCAGUCAACAUGGCGGUCAAAUACAAACGCAGCGACGACGUCGCCCUCAAACACCAAAUGUAACGGUACCGCAAACAGUACACACACUGAAAACGUCAGCAACAGCGACGUCAUCGUCAAUAACGCGACCAACAACCAUGCGAACAAUGCACGGCAUGCGAACUACAACAAUGAACAGCAGAGACCGAGAUUCAGUGGCGAACACUACAGCGACUAAUGCCAAAACAACCAUAAAUGACAAUGACGUAGCUACAACAUUAUCCACUACAAUGACGCGUUUGCAGUGGUCAACAACAAAUUCACCGUCAGAUAGCAAUGGCGUUUCCGGUAGCAGUGAGGCGACCACAAAAGAUCCACAUGCGGACGAACAGUCGCUCAACAAUGUUGGCCAAAAAGAAAUUUUCACCGGCUUGGGCAGCGCGCAAAACGCUGAUCCAUUUCAGCAACAAAAAGGCCAACCAGCCGAAUGCUAUUGCGAGCCGGAUACACAGAGUUAUGUGGAUUCAAAGGAGGUUGCGCGCGAGGCACGUCGUAAGCUGAAAGAAGAGCGUCAGCGCAAAAAGGAACGGAAGCGCAUUAAGAAGGCACGUCUGGAGAAGGAAUGUCUUUCAGAGAAAAUGAAUUGUUUCUCCCAUGACAAUAUGCAUUGGCGUACGGCACCACUUUGGAAUGAUAGUCCCUUCUGCUUCUGUAUGAAUGCCAACAACAAUACUUAUUCUUGUGUGCGCACCAUAAAUGCAACACACAAUUAUUUAUACUGUGAAUUCACGACGGGCCUGAUAACAUUUUACAAUUUGAAAAUUGAUCCCUUCGAAACACAAAAUCGAGCAUCAAUACUAACAAACGAAGAGAAAUCGUAUAUGCAUGAUACUUUGGAAAAGCUGAAAGGCUGUCGCGGAAAAAGCUGUACAAUCAAACGGCAUCAAACCCAGCAUCAUCAACAGCAAAACGAAAGUGCGCUGCGCUCGGUGCAAAGGGGCACCAAACGAAAACAAGGACUUGCCCAAAGCGCCUCAGGUGUCAGUUCAUUUAUUUCCAGUCGCUUAGACUACGAUGAGCCGUUGGCCAAGCGAAGAAAACUAUCAAAGUGGUCGACGCAAACAAAUUUGAAACGUAAACCAUGGAAACAACAACAUCACUACCAUCGGCAGCAGCAAACACAGCAGCUCUACUAUCGACAACAACAUUUGCGUCAUCAUACCGGCAAUGCUGAAGGCGAAGCACAAGCAGGCAUGAGCGAGGCGAUUGAUGCAAUGGAGCCGGUGAAAACUUUGCGACGUAAUCGUUUCCACCAAGAAGUAAAUAGUCCAACUAUGCAACAACGACAACAACAGCAGCAGCAAGCACAAAACGAAAAGAGUUUCCUAAGUAAUGAUGGCAAGCAAAGUGAUAGCUUGGAGCGAAAAUUGAUUGCGAACCAAAAAGCAACGACAACGGUUAGCCCAGAGUCGGGCGAAGCGCAAACUUUUACCAAAGUUGUAGAUGUUAAUGAUACUAAAGUGACAGCAACAGCAACAACUGCAUCAACACUAGCGACUACAACAACAACAACAACAAGCACGCCUAUACUUACAGCAGCAAUAUAAAUUAUGAAAUCAAAAUUGGCAGCAUGGAGCAUAUCUAUCGCAUAUCCCUAACCAACACACACCAACAGCACAUAUAUAGAUUUAUUGAGUUACUUACAUAUGAUGUACGCUCAAAAGUAAAUGAAGCUAUUUAUUUAUAUUAUCGACACAUUUUUCUAGCGUUCUUAGCUCGUCUGAUAUAUCUUAAGGGAUAACAUGGGUUUCCUCGGGUAAAAACAGCGUUUUUUCAAAAAAAAUUUCUCAUAUAAAGAACUAAAUAUUUUAUUCGAUUUUUUUUUUUUUGUUACAAACAUACACUAUUAACAAAGAAAUUCUGAAAUUCUUCUCUUCUUGGAAGAAAAAAUUUUAUCUCGGCCAUUGCGACGCCAUUUUCGGUGGAAAAAGAUGCGCCUCCGUUGGCAGGAUAACCCCUUACAGAAUCAUCUAAAGUCAAGGCUGUUCUCAAGGCUGUAUCUUCGAAACUAUUACUCUGAUCAACAUGAAAAUUUAGCACAAUAUUCUUGAGUAUUUAAUAAGACAAUAAAAAAAUUCGAUUUUUUGAAAAUCGUAAACCCAUGUCACCCCUUAACCAAACAACGAUCACGGCAUUGAAUGUCAUGUUAUUGCCACACAUAUAUACAUAUGUGUCUUUUAAAGUUGACUUUAUUUUGGCAAAUAAGGUCUUUAUUUAGACCGUGUCUAUAUCACUUUACUUUUCCCAUAUAUUUUAUAUGGGCUGUUUUGUUCUUUUGUAAUAAAUUUUUAUCUCCAAAGCAAAUAAACCUAAAACUUCGAGAAAAUGAUUUUCUAAUACUAAAUUUUUUACUCUACAAAAAAGGCCUCAUGGAUUCUUUUCAUAAAAAUAUUUUUUAGGAAUUAUACGCCAUUAAAGUUAUGCAUCAAAUGUACUGAGCAUUCAUACAAGCGCCUUUAUAACUUUUGUGUUGCUCAUACGCCAUGGUACUUCAUGAAUACUCAGUUACUGAACUACUAAGCUUCCGGGCAUUUGAAGCAUAACUUUAAAUGCGUAAAUCUUUUAAAGGAGGGAUUUCAUAGAAAAAAUCAUCCGACCUUUUUUGUAGAGCGAAACAUUUUAUAAAAUAUUUUCCGGUUGUGGGUUUACUUGUCUAAUGCAAAAUAACAAAAAAUCCGGUAUUAAAUAUGUGAGUAAAGAAAUGUGAUUUAGACACUGUUUAAAAUGAUAAUAUCCUUUUUUGAACAAAAAUUGAAAUUUCAGUGGGGUGUUUGGAAAAAAAAAACGUUGGAAACAACAGGCAUUUUAGAAGGCACAUAAAUAUGUAUAUUUAUAAGUAUGUGAAUAAUUAAAUUUGCAGUCGCAAUCAAAAUUAGCGUCGUCAACAUACGCCAUGAAUGCUAAAAACAUAUUCAUUACACAUAUACGCCAUAAGCUAAUGACAACAUUCGAGGAUUUUUCAUUUUACAGUAUACCCAGUGUUUUUUUAUAUUUAAAACAAUAAAUAGCAUAAAAAUUUGUAAAUUUAUAUAAACAUAAAAAUAUUUAAAUUAAAAAAAAUUAAGAUUAAUGAAAAUUAUUUAAAAUUUAAUAAUACGAGUCGCUCAUAUCGGGCUUAUAAACAGGCUAUUGAAAUAUUUAUUUUCGAAUUGUAUUGUUAAAGCCAUUGAAAUAGCCAAUGCAACCAAUGCAAGUGAUGUUAAGUGAAUAAUAAAAAGUUCAAGUAAAUAUACAAAUAAAAAUUAAUGUCUUAUAUGUGCAUGUGUAUGUAUAUACAUACGUAUAACUGCAAAAGUAUAACUCAUGGUUUUUGUUUUAUUUUAAUAAGACUGUUUUAGUAGAUUAACAUUAUAAUUAAGCAACAGAUAUUGCCACAAACUAAACUAAUUGUAUAUUAAAUGCUUGCAACUUAACUGCAAAAAUACAUAUGUAUAUGACUGGCUUGCUGUUUGGCAUUGACUAAUGGUAUUGUUAAUGUUAUAAAUAGCAAACAAUUAAAUAAAUAUAAUAUUUUAAGUUAGAAACAAAUAAUAAGACGCAACAAAUUUACCAAAAAAAUAAUAAAUUCAAAUAUAAUAUAUGUAUAUGUUAAAAGCAUAAGCUUAUAUGCAUUAAGCUCACUUACUCGACAAGUACCACUCAAGCUUAAGCAUUUACUGCAAAACUCAAAGAAAAAAAUUCGAUUUGAGCCUGUAAUUAAUCUAGAAUAUCAAUGCAAACAAAUGCAUUAAUGAACUUGUAAACUAACAACUAUAUAAUGUACAUACAUAUAUACAUAUUUAUAUAUAUAUAUUACUUUUUUGCAUUUAUCUAUUAAUAUAUGAUUUUCGUAAGCCAAUAUAAUGAUAAUUCUACAUUAUUUCUUACUUUAAUAACAAAUUCCAACUUGCUUUGCUGACGAUUGUAAAAGUUUUCUUAAAAAUUUAACGCAAUAAUUUUUAAUUUGAAUCUUUAAAGCGAUGUAUACUACCCUGGGUAAGACUUUUUAAUUUUAAUUUCCAUUAGUCGAAAUAUUUUUGUUCUAGGUUUGAAUGACUGUCAGUGACAUCUAUGCGUUCGGAAUGUAGGAAAAGGCUUUCGGUGAUAAUUGUUUGUCGCGAACAAGUCCACGACGGCCAUCAAUUGAUGAUAAACACGUCAAUAAAAUAAAAGAAUUUGGUGUUUGAAAAUUGGCAAAUAACAGUCAGAGAUCCUACUGACAUAGUUGGAAUAUCGGAAGGAUCAGUGAAAAUCAUUUUGAAAGAUCAUUUGUACCUAAGAAAAAUGAAAGCAGAAUUGGUUCUGAAAUCACCCAAUAUUUUGGAAAAAAAAGCGUCGCGUUAACGCCUUUGAAACAAUGCGUUUCGAAUACCAGGAUAUUAUGAAAUAUAUUAUUACUGACGUUGAGUCUUGGGUCUUUGCUUACAACAGAAAAUGGACGAUCAAUCGGCCGAAUAUCGUGACAAAGGUAAGCCGAUGGCGAAAAAACACGUCAAAGCAGGUCAAGAAUCAAGAUUAUGUUGACAGUUUUCUUUGAUUAUCGAGGCGUGGUGUGGCGUAUUCCGAAUUCCUUCCGACCGUCCCAACUGUCAACAAGAAAUACUAUUUCUGUAUUAUAUAUAUAAGCUAUUAAGCUAUUUGAAAAAGAGGGCCGACAACUCUUGGUUUUUGAACCACGACAAUGCACCAUCGCGUACUGCAUUGAUUCAUCUUGAGUUUUUCUUGAGAUUUAAUGUGGAUCCUAAGGAUCGCUACAUAACUGAGUAUGCGUCAGAACACUUGUUAGUGCAGGUCUGUAGCGCAAGUGCUGACCGUUUUUUUGAACGUCUAGUAUAGCUUGUUCGAAUUGCUACUCUCAAAUACUUGACGUUUUGAAGACACUUAUGAAUUUUGAGUAUUGCUUUUGUAACAGAAAUUCAAAGUUUCCUAAGCAAUAUUUUUGUUAAAAACCAUUUACGUAAGUCAGCAAGCUUAAAUAGCACAAGUAACUUAGGUUGGUCUCUGCUUGUAUUGAAAACUUCUGCACUAUUUUGUAAAAACCAUAAACAGAUUACACUUCUUUUGUCAUUAAAUAUACCAUACUGUCAUUAAAUAUUGAUUUACAAUAAAUAAAUAAUAACAGCUUGCAUUUUUACCCACUUAUAUUUGUCGUUUUAAAAUAAGUGGUUAUUAUAUAAAAAAAAAAGAACUAUUGACUAAGCAAUUUCUAUUCCGGCGAUGCGUCACAGCCGCCGCCUAAUUUAAACUAUAAUUGUUUAAUAUUGUAUAAUUUUUUACUGCGUUUGCGCUUGAUUUUUAUUAGUAAUCAUUUAUAUUAAAUAUUAGAUAUACUUUAAAAUGCAGUUAACUUUAAUUGCUGCUCACCUUUCGUGUAUCUAAUAUUUUUCUUUUGGCCCCAAAAGCAGAAAACAAAAAAAAUAUAUCAGUAAUUAAUGUAAUUGGAAUUGUACCCAUAUAAAUAGUCUGCCAUAGUACAGCAUUGAUAAAUUUUUUAAAUAAGAGCUUAUAAUAUACAUACACAUAUUAUUAAAUGUAGCAAAAUAUUUAUAGUAAAUAAAUAUAGUACUAAAUAUGUGCGAUACACAAUAUGAAAUUAAUAAACGUUAAAUAAAUCUAACAAAUUAAUUAAUAA